AUGGGCAACAACCAGUCCUCCUCGUCCAGCGGCAGCGGAUCCGGCUCAGGCAGCGGUAGCGGCGGGGGCAGUCUGCGCGCACACCCGGUCGCUGCGGCCCAGUCGGCAUUGAGGAACCGCGCUUCGACGGCCAGUUCGGCGACGAGCAUGACGGACGGCGGGUGGCCCGAGCCUCAGUCGCUCCUCUACGCACGACUCGAGUACCACCGCCCGACGGUGCACAAACUCAUUGCCGAGAGGAAACUCGCGCCGUUCUACCUCGGCUUGCAGGACUUUGAUGAGGACUGGGACGCGGGGAGGAUCGUUGCGGCGCUCGAUGAGGCCGAACAGCAGGCGACGAGGAACCUCAAGGAUGCGCAUGCGGCCGCUAUCGAGACGGCCAACGAGGCCGAAGCCGCACAGCUCUCUGCGCCGUCGGGAACUCGCAAGCACAAGGAGUCGGUCACGGCGUACAAUGCGGCUGUCUUGCACCGCGAACGACUCGCCGAGGUCCUCAAGAUCAGGGAGAAGAAGGGCGGAGGCGCGCUGCAGACGACCAACAAGACGGACCAGGCGAAGCUCUACGUCGCGAAAGCCCUCGAGUGCCCGAUCUGCUUCCUCUACUACCCGCCGAAUAUGAUCCACACGCGGUGUUGCGACCAGCCCAUCUGCACCGAGUGCUUCGUCCAGAUCAAGCGCGCCGACCCCACGCCUACCCACCUCGAGUCUGAACCCGCAGCAUGCCCGUUCUGCAUGGAACCCAACUUUGGCGUCGUGUACGAGAAGCCUGUCGUCCGGCCGCCUGUUCAGCCGACACCGACUGCUGGAUCAGGCUCGUCCUCGUCAGAUGUCGUCCCCGGCCGAGCUGGAGGCGAGCGGAAACCGCGGCGCAAGUCGUUCGCGCACACCGAGAAGGAGGUCGUCACGACUGACAUGGUCCACCCUGACUGGGAGUCCAAACUAGAAGCCAUGAAAGCCGCCGUCGCACGCCGCGCAAACCGCCGCAUCGUCUUCCGCCAAGUCGGCGACCGCCUCAUUCCCGUCGGUAUCACCUCUUCCCGCGCCGGGGACGGGUCGAACCCAACUAUGGCGACUACCACCUUGCCGCCGAACUUUUUGUCGCAGAUCGCGGCGGCGUUGGAUGCGAGUAACGAGAGUGGGGGAAGCGGGUCGGGCGGGAGGAGUAGGCGCGGGAGUCGGAGUUUGAGGCGGAGAGGAGGAGGGCAGAGUGACGAGGUCGUUGCGUUGCUCGAGUCAUUGGGGCUUGGUGGAGGGCCGGAUCUCGAGGAGAUGAUGGUCCAGGAGGCGAUGAGGCUGAGUCAGCUCGAGGAGGAGGAGAGGCAGAAGAAGGCGAGGGAGGAGGAGGCGAAGAAAGGGGCGGCCGCUCAGGCGGGUGCGGAGGCUGAGGCGUCGACUUCGUCGGUCCCGCAGACGCCGCGGACGACGGAGCGGCUGCUUAACGAGGCGGUCGGCGAAGACAUCCACGGCUCGCAUCCGCCGACGUCAGCCACGCCUUCAACCUCGACCUCGUCCUCCGUCAGCCAAGGAACCCCUCCCAUCCUUGCGCCCAUACCUCACGUCGACCUCAACCUGCCGACCACGCCUUCCGCGCUCGCCUCGUCAGAUCCAGCCGCCUCGGCCUCAGCCGCACCGGAACUCGCGCCUGUCUCGUCCACCGUCUCACGCACAUCCGAAGCCUCUUCGACCAUCCCGCUUACGCCUACUCAGGGCUACCAGCCGCUCGGUGACGACGAGAGCGACGCCAAUGCGGCCGACUCUGCCGCGCCCAAGCAUGGCUCGGAGCAGCAGCACCUCGAGCGGAACGGCGGCGUUGGAACCCUCGUCGACGUCUGA